AUGCCACGUACACGCAGGGAGGAAGCAGCGCAAGCUACUGACGAAGUCGCCCCGGACUUCGAUGAUGCAAUGGGUGCCGACGCCGCAGUUUUUUCGUCGGGACAACUCGCCGCCAUGGUGGCGGCCAUCCAGAGGUCCCAAACUGAAGCCUUCGAGCGCCUGCUGGAGAGAGUAAUUCGCCAGCCGCCAUCCCCAACUCCCGCGUCUACACCAGCAUUCGCCGCCGGCAGCGGCACUUUUACGCAUUGCACCGCCAGAUUCAGCGGUGACGCCGGCGACUCCGUGGAAGCAUUCAUUGACGGCAUUCAAAGUUACAAGGACUGCGCUAACGUGUUCGAGGAAAACGCCCUCAGGGGGCUCUCAAUGGUGCUCACUCACAACGCGGCAGUAUGGUACCAAGGGAUCAAAAAAGAAAUCACAACAUGGGACGGGGUCAUUGAACUCCUACAAAUACUUACGGCGAUAAACGACCUCCACACCGCAUCUACAGAGAGCUGUUCGACCAGAAACAAGGCGACCAGAAUACCGACGUGUUUGUCGCGAGAUGCCGUGCACUACUUGCAAAGAUUCCCGUCGGCGAUAUUUCCGAAAGAGCGCAAGUCGAUAUGGUUUAUGGCUUACUCGAUACAAGAAUACGUAAGUAAACGCUUACGAAGAGAAGAGUUCGAAAAUUUCUCCGGCAUGCUUCGUCUCGCCCGGUCUAUUGAAAUCGAGGAGGAGGUGGGGACGCAGACCCAUCAGCAGUCCGGUCCGCCGCUAAGAGGACGACCGAGACCGACGGCGUACGACGGCCGCCGCGCCAGCAGCACGGCUAGGGCCCCGACGGGGUCGAGCGCCCAUGCCGGCGCGACGCCGACACCAGCCGCGAGCGCAGCGUCGUCAUCGCGACAUUCCGUGGAUGUCACCGCCGAUUCCAAUCAACGAUCGAACAAGAAACUGCGUUGCGUUUAUUGUAAAAAAUACGGUCACGUACGGGAAGAAUGUAAAAAGUUACAAAAGUGCGGUGAUAGUGAUAACAGUGAUAAAUCGUCGGGUUCGCUUAUUUGUUACGGUUGCGGUGCGAGAGGGUUCAUGCGCUCUCAAUGUCCUACGUGUAACAGUAAUGUAUCAUUCGCAUCUCUCACAUUCAACGAUUCAUCGGGUUCGGUGAACGUGAAGCUAGCUGACGGUGUUGUGCAUCCUCAUGAGGUCCUGGUGGCAACUGUAAACGUCACCAUCACUGUAGAUAGAAGUGUUCGAGUAGACUUCAUGAUUUUUCCUGAUGCUGACAACAACGACACACUCCUGGGAAUUGAUUUCCUCAACGCUGCAGUGUCAUCAAUGACAUUAAGGGCUGAUGAAGGCUUAUCGCUUACCCAGAAUCAACGCCAGCAACUUACUGAAUUACUCCAGCGCCAUGAGGACAUCUUCCAGCUAGGAGGAGAGGCUACCCGCUUCGCAGAGCAUCAUAUUGACACAGGUGAUCAUGCACCAAUUGCUGUACCACCAUACCGCCUUACACCGGCUAAGCGGUCAAUCAUGGAGGCAGAAAUCAAUAAGAUGUUGAAGGAUGGAGUGAUUGAGGAGUGCGAGUCGGCAUGGGCUGCACCUGCCCUCCUCAUCCCUAAGAAGGAUGGUACAUAUAGAUUCUGUGUUGACUACCAACGCCUUAAUGCUAUUACUAAAAGUGAUACUUACCCCCUGCCAGUCAUUGAGGAUUUACUUCAUUCUACUAAAAGGGAAGGUUACAUGAGUACCCUCGACCUUCGAUCUGGUUACUGGCAGGUCAGCGUUGCUCCAGCUGACAGAGACAAGACAUCUUUCAUUUCACCCAUGGGAGUGUUCCGUUUCCUUCGUAUGCCCUUUGGUUUAAAAAAUGCCCCCGCAACCUUCCAAAGGCUGAUGGACCGUUUCAGAUCUGGAAGCACCUUAAAGGAUGUCACCUUGCUGAUCUAUCUCGAUGAUCUGUUAAUUUUGUCAGAUGGACCGUUCCAAAAACAUUUAGAAGACCUGGACGCCAUCUUUAAUCGUCUGCGCUUGUUUGGCCUACGAGCCAAUAGAGAGAAAUGUAAUUUUGCUUGUGAACAAGUUAAGUAUCUAGGUCAUCUUAUUACUCACAAAGGUAUUUUGCCUGAUGAGUCCAAGGUGCACGCUAUUCAGGAGAUGAAGGAACCGUCUAACCUGAAGCAUCUGAAAAGCUUUUUACAAACUUGCUCCUGGUUCAGGAAGUUUGUACCCGGUUUCUCUGAAAUUGCCCAACCACUUACCAAACUCACCAAGAAGAAUGAGCCAUGGGUUUGGGCUGAUGACCAACGUAGUGCUUUCAACGAACUGAAGAAAAGGCUCAUUACAGCUCCUGUACUUGUACAGGCGGACCACAGCAAACCUUUUAUAAUUCAUACCGAUGCUAGUAAUUAUGCAUUAGGUGCUGUCCUGCUGCAAGGGGAAGGGAAUGAUGUUCACCCCAUUGAAUACUCUAGUCGUUUGCUAACAUUCCACUCGAAUAAGCCCGCUGGAUUACUACAAACACCGAUACUACACCAAAGAGGUGAAGUAUUAGCCGUCGACCUUUUCGGUCCACUCCCUGAAGCUGAGAAUGGCAAAAAGUGGGUAUUCCUCAUCGAGGAUACUGCCACCCGCUGGGUAGAAUUGUUCGCUCUCAAGGAGGCUACAGCUGAGAAUUUGAUACCCCUCUAUCAUCCCGAAGCCAACCCAGCUGAACGCAAGAACCGUGAUCUGAAGGUUCAGCUAGCGAUGUUGGUCAAGAAUGAGCAUCGCAGUUGGCCACAGUUCUUACCUCAGGAUAUACGCGAUCGGGUCGAAAAGCAUCAAGAUCAAAAGAAAGACCAUGGUGAUUCCUCUAGGAGACCAUCUCCAGUUUUCAAAGUUGGGGAUCAGGUACUGUUGACCAUGCGUGCUCUUAGCAAUGCAACCAAGGGUUUGACUAGAAAGUUCAUGCCGCAGAGAGAUGGGUCUUACACAAUUAACAAGGGUGUAGUUUUAAUUCUGUUCCUGCACAACCUGCCGGCCGGAUCUGAUAACUGA